AUGACUUACUAUCCAAAACAUAACAUGGUUUCAGAAGUAACACAACCUGUGUCUAAACAAAACAGUGGCAAAUUUAAAGAUAAAUGUCUGAGCGAAAAGAGCAGCCUCGCCACAAAUAGAAAGUCAGACACUCGUGCUGUGGGCGGCGGCUCGGGUGGACAGGCCCUUCGCUCCGGCUCGGGUGGACAGGCCCUUCGCUCCGGCUCGGGUGGACAGGCCCCUCGCCCCGGCUCGGGUGGAAGGCCCUUCGCUCCGGCUCGGGUGGAAAGGCCCCUCGCCCCGGCUCGGGUGGACAGGCCCUUCGCCCCGGCUCGGGUGGACAGGCCCUUCGCUCCGGCUCGGGUGGACAGGCCCUUCGCUCCGACUCGGGUGGACAGGCCCCUCGCCCCGGCUCGAGUGGACAAGCCCCUCGCCCCGGCUAGGGUGGACAGGCCCCUCGCCCCGGCUCGGGUGGACAGGCCCUUCGCUCCGGCUCGAGUGGACAGGCCCCUCGCCCCGGCUCGGGUGGAAGGCCCUUCGCUCCGGCUCGGGUGGACAGGCUCUUCGCUCCGGCUCGGGUGGACAGGCCCUUCGCUCCGGCUCGGGUGGAAGGCCCUUCGUUCCGGCUCGGGUGGACAGGCCCCUCGCCCCGGCUCGGGUGGACAGGCCCUUCGGCCCGGCUCGGGUGGACAGGCCCCUCGCCCCGGCUCGGGUGGACAGGCCCUUCGCGCCGGCUCGGAUUCAGCGCCUUUAACAUCGUCUCCGUCGCUUGUCGAGAAUCAUUUAGUAGAGGUUCCUUCUGCAGACUGGGCUGGAGGAUCAGGCAAGGGUCACAGGCCUGAACAGUGCCAGUAA